AAUCCUUUUCGGUUAUCUGUGUUUUUGAGUGACAGUUGACACUUGACAACUUUAAAAUAUUUGUUCUCAUAGGUACCCAUCAAAUAUAAAUAAUCAAUUUCACUCUUUUAGUUUGACGUUUAAUUGGUCGCCAUCAGAUUUAGUUAAAAUGGUUAACGUACCAAAACAACGCAGGACUUACUGCAAAAAAUGUAAGUGCCACAAAGUACACAAAGUGUCUCAAUACAAGAAAUCAAAAGAAAGGCACGCUGCGCAAGGUAGAAGACGUUACGACCGCAAACAGCAGGGUUACGGUGGUCAAUCAAAGCCUAUUUUCAAAAAGAAGGCUAAAACAACCAAAAAAAUUGUAUUGCGUCUUGAAUGUGCAGAUUGCAAAGUGAGGUCUCAAGUGGCUCUCAAGAGAUGUAAACACUUUGAGCUUGGUGGUGACAAGAAAAGGAAGGGACAGAUGAUUCAGUUCUAGGCUGGUUAAUAAAUAAGUUCUAAUU